AUGUCAUCGCGAAUAAAAGACAAAGUUGCUGAGAAAUGGCAUAGUAGCCGAAGAGUUGAAAUAGUUAAGGAUUUGGGAGAAUUCCAACGGAUUGUGAACGACGAACAACAAGACCUCGUCGCCGUAAUGUUCUAUUCGCCAGUGUGCAAGGCUUGCAAUGCGGCGAAACCCUUAUACAAUAAGCUUGCGAAAAAAUAUAAAGAUGUCAAAUUCAUCUCGGUUCCAAUGACUCCAGAGAAUUCAAAGCACCUGCGAAAUAUGAAUAUUCAUCAGUUCCCUUUUGGUCACAUCUACAAGCCCUCAGAGGGUUUGUUAGAAAGCGCUGGAUUGCUGAGGAAGAUGAUACCUAAUUUCGAGAAGUCUCUGCAGAGAUUCAUAUCCGGAAAUCCAGAGGAAGCAAGAUUGGCAGAUACAGAGGUAUAA